CGUGGACGCACUCACCUGCUGCGUGGUUCCCCUGCGGUCUCCACCUCCUGCUCCCGGCCUACCUGUGUCAGCUGGGCGGGGUUUAUUCCCAGAGGAGCCUCAGCCUGCUCCUGUUCUCCUCACUCCGAUUUUCUAGGAAUAUCCCACCGGAACAAAAGUUGGAAUUAAGAGCGGAGACAUGAUCACGGCCGCCGAGUAUGGGGAGACGUCGUGGGAGCUGUCCGUGCAGAUCGACCAGCGAGAGGGAGACGAGUCCAUGAAGUUUAAGCUGAGGGUGAAAGGGGACCUGCACAUCGGAGGGCUCAUGCUCAAGCUCGUGGAGAAAAUCAAGGCUCCCCGGGACUGGUCAGACCAUGCUCUGUGGUGGGAGCAAAGAAAAUGCUGGCUGCUCAAGACUCACUGGACCUUGGACAAGUAUGGGAUUCAGGCUGACGCUGACCUGCGUUACACACCUCAGCACAAACCGUUGCUGCUGCAGCUCCCCAAUAUGAAAACCAUCAAAAUGACUGUCAGCUUCUCCAGUGUGGUCUUCAAAGCGGUGGCAGAGAUCUGCAGAGUCCUCAACAUUAGGCGAUCAGAGGAACUGUCCCUGCUGAAGCCUCCAGACGAUCCCUCCAAGAAGAAGAAGAAAAAAGAUAAAAACUCACCACAAGAGGACUUGUGGGACAUCGAUCUACUGAGUGGGGGAGCAGGAGGAACAGGCCCCAUGUACAGUAAGACCAUGACCGCCACCUACGACCCGGAGAACGGGAUGCCGUUGUCCGCCACCAGCCUCUGGUUUGGAGAAAACCCCCUCGCAGACUCUCAGCCGAACCUCCCCCCAGCCGAGCUUGCAAAGAUGUACCAGCCUCUGUCACUACUAGACAAAGCAGCCAACAGUUCAGGGUGGCUGGACUCUUCUCGGUCUCUCAUGGAGCAGGAUAUUCAAGAUGAGGAAAGGCUUCUGCUUCGUUUUAAAUACAACGUCUUCUUUGACCUCAAUCCCAAAUACGAUGCUGUCAGGAUAACUCAGCUCUAUGAACAAGCUCGCUGGUCCAUCCUGCUGGAGGAGAUCGACUGUACCGAGGAGGAAAUGCUGAUGUUUGCCUCUUUACAGUAUCACAUUUGUAAGCUGACCAUGUCGAGCGAACCGCUGGACAACUCCAAUGAGCCGGAGAUCGAUGAAGUGGAGGCUGCCCUGUCCAACCUGGAGGUGACGCUGGAAGGCGGGCACACGGACAGAAUUCUGGAAGACAUUACAGACAUUCCAGAGCUGGCUGAUUCCCUCCGGCUGUUUAGGCCCAAAAGAUUGACGCUGCGGCCGUACAAAGAGUACUGGUUUGUGUUUAAAGACACCACCAUUUCUUACUACAAGAACAAAGAGGCCUCUGCCGGAGAACCGAUAGAGCAGUUUCACCUCCGAGGUUGUGAGGUCGUCCCCGACGUCAACGUCACAGACAAGAAGUUCGGCAUCAAGCUGCUGCUCCCGGUGGCCGACGGGAUGAACGAGGUGUACAUUCGCUGUGACAACGAAACACAGUACGCCAAGUGGAAAGCUGCGUGUAUCCUGGCCUCCAAAGGCAAGACGAUGGCCUACAGCUCCUACAAGUCAGAAGUGAGGAACAUCCAGUCCUUCCUGCAGAUGAAGAGCCUGGCGCCCCCUCCUGGCCAGGCAGCUCCUGACCUGGAGGCCAUGGAAAUGAACGCUGAAUGUUUUGUUUCUCCUCGCUAUGCCAAGAAGCACAAGACCAAACAGCUGACGGCACGCAUCCUGGAGGCCCAUCAGAACAUAGCCAGGCUCUCGCUCAUGGAGGCCAAGAUGCGCUUUAUCCAGGCCUGGCAGUCGCUCCCAGAGUUUGGAAUCAACUACUACAUUGUCAGAUUCAAAGGGAGCAAGAAGGAUGAGAUCCUGGGGAUUUCAUACAACCGGCUGAUUCGCAUUGACAUGUCCUCUGGCCUGCCCGUCACCACAUGGAGGUUCGCCAACAUGAAGCAGUGGAAUGUCAACUGGGAGAUAAGACAGGUGACCAUAGAGUUUGACCAGAAUGUGACGAUAGCCUUUUGCUGCUUGAGCUGCGACUGCAAGGUGGUCCACGAGUUCAUCGGCGGUUACAUCUUCCUCUCCACGCGGUCGAAAGACCAGAACGAAACGCUAGACGAAGAACUGUUUCACAAACUGACCGGCGGCCAAGAAUGAGCCGAGGCAUCCAGACGUGCGGUCGCCACAGUGCAUCUGUUAUUUGUUUACGUGCAUGUUACAUUGUGAAAGCACCGGUCGGCGGCUGUAGAGGCGCGAACCGGACGCGCUGAGAGCAUCACUGCCAGAGAAAACGUCAGUCAUUGAAAUCCUUCACAGAACAAUGUCAACCGUCUGUUUGUGAGUGUUUAUCCAGCUGUAAAUGGCCAAAGCAGUCGAUUCUGCACAAGAAGAAUAAUUGUGUUUGUAUAAAUAUGCUGUCAGGAUUUGUCUUUUCCACAGAAUGAUUGUCGUAGGAGGACGACCUUUUUAAGGCGAAGAAGUCCUUUUUUGAAACAGAAAUUGUGAAAACCAU